AUAGUACAAGAAGAAGAAGAGGAGGCAGUAUGCUCCUAUUUACAAAAACAUGUAAAAUUUCUCCACAGAUCUGCCACCUGGCAGGUUCAAAGCUUUACCUGGGGACAGCGAAGAGAAGUGCGAUGACAAACUUUCAUCAGCUCCACAUGCUCUCUGUCCUGCAAAAGGCUCGAGGUUGGACAUCACACUGCCUGCGUCCCAGUGUCCUUCAGCGUGCUGGGGAGCUUGGCUGGAGAAGAUUUGAUGAUGGGUUAAUCAGAAAUCUUUCUCUAACAUCAAGAAGAAAGAAGAAACUGACUCCUGUGCAUAUAAGAGAGCUGUCAGAAGCAGCCUAUGAGAAGCUGGCAGAUGAGACGCUGGAUGCUCUAUCUGAUUACUUUGAAGAUUUGGCAGACGAAGCUUUCACUGGAACAGAAUAUGAUGUCAUAUUUUCUAGUGGUGUGUUGACUGUAAAGUUGGGUGGAGGCCAUGGAACCUAUGUUAUCAACAAACAGACACCAAACAGGCAGAUCUGGCUUUCUUCGCCUACCAGUGGACCAAAACGCUACGACUGGACAGGAGAACGCUGGGUGUACACUCAUGAUGGAAUCAGUCUCCACCAACUGCUUUCUGAAGAGUUUUCCAUUCUCUUCAAUAAAAAUAUCUAUUUGUGUCAUUUGCCGUAUUCCUGAAGCAGCGAAUCUGAAAAUGAUGGACUGAGUGCAGUAUGCUAACCAGAAUGUUUCUAUGGAAACCAAAAGACCUGUAUUGUCUAUUCCUCCCUCCCUUCUGAAGUUCAUUGCAGUCCAAACAGAAGACCCACAGAUUAAUUCCUGGCGUGGGAUCGAUAUCCUUCCAUGUUCCUACCAAAGUCUUCUGUAUUUUGCUGUAAUGUGUCGCUAUGCCUGACUGUACUCGAGUUUUAUUUCUGUGUUCACUGCUCUUGUAUUUCCUUCCUGUAGAAAAUACAAUAAGGAAAGAUUA